UGUGACACUGUCAUUACCCACUUUUACAGCUGAGCUGAGCUGAGCUGAUUCUGAGACCUUCAGCUUCAUUUUUGCUUCUUUACUACUGCAACUACAAGUGACCAAAACAAGACUUCACCAUGGUGUCAAUGGGACGACAGAUGCUGGGCUUUGCCUUGGCCGUCAUCGGCUUCCUGGGGACUAUCAUUGUGUGUGCUCUGCCCAUGUGGAAAGUCACAGCCUUCAUUGGAGCUAACAUUGUGACAGCUCAAGUCAUCUGGGAAGGCUUAUGGAUGAACUGCGUGACACAGAGUACAGGCCAGAUGCAGUGCAAGAUCUAUGACUCUCUGCUGGCACUGCCCCAAGACCUGCAGGCUGCCCGAGCUCUGGUAGUCAUCGCAAUCAUAGUGUCCGCCUUUGGGAUUCUCCUGGGCAUCGCUGGGGGCAAGUGUACCAACUUUGUAGAGGAAGAGCGCGCCAAAGCCAGGGUGGCCAUCGCAGCUGGAAUUGUCUUCAUCUGUGCUGGUGUCCUCAUCCUCAUCCCUGUCUGCUGGUCAGCCAACACCAUCAUCAGGGACUUCUACAAUCCCAUGCUCACCAACGCCCAGAGAAGGGAGCUGGGAGCGGCGCUGUACAUCGGCUGGGGCACUGCAGGCCUUCUCAUCUUGGGUGGCGGCCUCCUCUGCAGCUCCUGCCCGCCCAAAGACGACGACUACCCAGUGAAGUACUCCCAGCCCAAGUCUGCAGUCAGCAGCCGAGCCUAUGUUUGAGAGGCAAAUUCUUCUGAAAAAGACUGUAAAUUAUUUUACUCUGUCCAAGGUAAUCCUUCUGCAUUGUGAGCCUCAGAGAGUGCCAUGAAUUGGUGAAAUUAUGUCUCAUUUUUUUGAAAGUGACACAAUGAGAAUGGAGUCUUUU